AUGUUUAAUGAAUAUAAUGACGAAAGUUUCUUUUGGGAAUUUGUGAAAAUUUGGAAAAAAACUUUAUUAAUCGGUAUACUUACCUAUUUUGAAUCCAACGUCUUUUUAAAGGCUACACUUAUUGGCUUGUGUUUGCUUUUUUAUUAAUUAUUGGCUUUCAAAAUUAAACCAUAUAUUAUUAAAAGUUUAAACUUACUUGAUAUUUCUACUGAUCAAAUUUGUUCAAUCACUAUAUUUUUGGCGGCAGUUAAAUAUGUUAGUGAAUAGUAAGAGAAUUAAGCCUAACAAGUUUUACUUUAAGUCCUUAUAUCAAUUCUAUGUAUUAAACUUUGCUACCCUUUUAUAUAUGAUAUUUUUAGGGUUUAUUAUAAAAAAUAUAAGAUAAUAUAUCUUAAUUACUUAAUAACGAUAAUGAAAUUUAUUAGCCCAAAUUCAUAUUUGUAUAAUUAUUUAAAUUAGUAAUUGGUAGAAUGGAAAGAUAAAGAAGUAUAGUUAAAAAAAAAUUUCUUAAAACUCAAGUAAUAUUUAUUUAAUGCAUCAAAAGUUUAAGCUGAAUAAAAGAAUUUUUAGUCUAUCCUGAGUCCAUCAAUAACUAUAAGGAAUAGAUUAGUCAGCAAAGAAAAUGAAACUAAAAGGUUCUUAAUAUAAGAGAAAGAGUGA